AUGGCCAUGUUCCAGGUGAACAAGGAGAAGAAAAGCAAGAAGAAAGCCAUCACUGGCAGUGAUGAGGAAGAUGAUUCUGACUCUAGCACCAAGCCCAUCAGGUCAGAGAAGAAGAACCCAGUGUCCCUCUUCCAGACUGGAGGGGACCCUCCCAGGGAAAAGAAGACCAAAAAGAAAGCUCCUCCCAAAGCAGCCGACAGUGAGGAGGCGACUCCAGAGACCCCACAAAAGAACUCCAACAGGAAGGGAAAAAUGAAGAAGUCAAAGAAGGUACAAAACCCCGAGAGGCCCCCGUCACCUGCCAUCGAGGUGGACAACCUGGAGGAGUUUGUGCUGCAACCGGCACCACAGGGAGUGACCAUCAAGUGCCGAGUGACUCGGGACAAGAAGGGCAUGGACCGGGGGCUUUAUCCCACCUACUACCUCCACUUGGAUAAUGACAAGAAGGUGUUCCUCCUUGCCGGGAGGAAGCGUAAGAAGAGCAAAACCUCCAACUACCUCAUCUCCAUUGACCCCACUGACUUGUCACGGGGAGGAGAGAACUUCAUUGGGAAGCUGAGAUCCAACCUGAUGGGUACGAAGUUCACGGUGUUUGACAAUGGUGCAAACCCUGACAGGGCCAAUGCCAACUGGUCCAACGUGCGGCAGGAGCUCUCAGCCGUGGUCUACGAGACCAACGUUUUAGGGUUCAAAGGCCCCCGGAAGAUGACAGUCAUCAUCCCUGGGAUGAACUCUGACAAUGAGAGGGUGCCCAUCCGGCCACGAAAUGAUAAUGAUGGCCUCCUGAUGCGAUGGCAGAACAGGAACAUGGACAACAUCAUCGAGCUGCACAACAAGGCACCAGUGUGGAAUGAUGAGACCCAGUCCUACGUGCUCAACUUCCAUGGCCGGGUCACCCACGCCUCUGUCAAAAACUUCCAGAUUGUGCAUGACAGUGACCCUGAUUACAUCGUGAUGCAGUUUGGGCGCGUGGCAGAUGACGCCUUCACCAUGGACUACAACUACCCUCUGUGUGCAGUGCAGGCCUUCGCCAUCACCCUCUCCAGCUUUGACGGGAAGCUGGCCUGCGAGUAG